AUGUCCUCAACCUAUACCCCACCCCCACUCCCUCCCCCCUUUACCAAUUCCCCCUCCCACCUCCUGGCCCAGGGCGCCGAAGGUCGUCUUUACAAAACUACCUUCCUCACACCUUCCACCCCCGCCGCUCUCAAAGUCCGCCCUGCAAAACCUUACCGGCAUCCAAUCCUCGAUAGCAGAUUGACAUGCCAGCGCAUAUUACAGGAAGCACGGUGUUUGGUGAAGUUGUCGAGGGAGAAGGUCCCUGUGCCUGGCGUGCUGGCGUUGGACGUUGAGUGUGGGUUUGAUGGAGAUGGGGAUGGGAAGAGCAGAGAGGAGGGGGAGGAUAUGGCAGGGAAGGGGAGCUCGAACUGGACUGCAUGGCUGCUGAUGGAGUGGGUGGAUGGCAUUGUUGUUAGGCAGGUUGUUGACUGUUGGGAGAAAUGGGUGAAAUCGAAGGAGAAAGCCGGGCUAAGUGAUCAUAUGGAAAUAAGGAAGAGUGAAGAUGAGAUAUGCGUGCUGCUAAGGCGCAUUGGGCUUGUUGUUGGCGCUAUGCAUCAGGCUGGUAUUGUGCAUGGUGAUUUAACGACGAGCAACCUCAUGCUGAGACCCGUUGGACACACCAGUGCGCACCAGUCGGUGGAAGGGAAGGAGACAGAAUCAACCCAGCUGAUUAGUACGUGCAUUACGCAGGAUGCUGGGCUACAGAUUCCGGAAAAACCUUCGCUGGAUGGGGAAAUCGUCCUCAUUGACUUUGGCCUUGCUGGGCAGAGUAUCCAGGAUGAGGAUCGGGCCGUCGACCUGUACGUCCUUGAACGGGCGUUUGGUAGCUCGCAUCCGAGAACAGAGCCACUGUUCUGUGAGGUUCUUGCGGGGUAUGCUGAGAGCUACAAGGGGGCGAACCUGGUGUUGAAGAAGCUUGAGCAGGUUAGGUUGCGGGGACGGAAGAGGAGUAUGAUCGGGUGA